CUCUAUGUACUUCUCUUCGGAAGAACUUUUCGAUAGUUGUUCUUUUAAACCUCAUGGUCUUCUUGGUUUUCAAUUUCAUUCAUUGUCUGCCAGGAAAUUGUGGGAGAAGGGAGAGAAGGGAAAAAGGAAAACGUCUGCGCACAGAGAUUAUCCCAACUCCCAACGGCUUUGGAAAAACUCUCCAUGAACUUGCUGGACAAGAUAAUGCAGAAGAAGACGAGGGAGACCCAGCCUCAGCCUCAGCUUCAGCUCAAAUGGCACGAAGUAGGCCCUGUCCACUGGGUCGAGACCUCGGAUUCCGUCUCUCGCCGCUUCCAAUUCGAACCCCAUGGUCAGCUCUCCGUGAAAUUGCUCGAUGACUCGAGACCUGUUGCACAUAGGGUGGUCGAUUCCUUUCUGAACAAGUUCUUCCCUUCAGGAUACCCCUACAGUGUGAAUGAAGGUUAUUUGAGGUACACACAAUUUAGGGCUCUGCAACACCUCUCAAGUGCUGCUCUCUCUGUGUUAUCAACUCAGUCCCUUCUCUUUGCUGCAGGAUUGAGGCCUACCCCGGCUCAGGCGACUGUCGUGAGUUGGAUUCUAAAGGAUGGGAUGCAGCAUGUGGGGAAGCUCAUAUGCAGCAAUUUGGGUGCUCGAAUGGAUUCAGAGCCUAAGCGGUGGAGGAUUUUAGCUGAUGUGCUGUAUGAUUUUGGUACUGGCAUGGAAGUUCUUUCUCCCCUAUGUCCCAAUCUUUUCCUUGAGAUGGCCGGACUCGGCAACUUUGCGAAGGGAAUGGCAGUUGUGGCGGCAAGAGCGACAAGAUUACCAAUUUAUUCUUCUUUUGCUAAAGAAGGCAAUCUUAGUGACCUUUUCGCUAAGGGGGAGGCUAUCUCAACUCUUUUUAAUGUUGUUGGUAUGGGUGUUGGCAUCCAGCUAGCAUCAACCAUAUGUUCAUCAAUGCAAGGAAAGCUGCUUGCAGGACCUCUCCUCUCUGCCAUACACAUAUAUAGUGUCACCGAAGAGAUGCGAGCUGCCCCAGUGAACACAUUAAAUCCACAGAGAACUGCUAUGAUUGUAGCCGAAUUUCUUAAGACGGGAAAAGUAUCGAGCCCAGCUGAUAUACGUUAUCAGGAAGACCUCCUCUUUCCCGGGCGACUUAUAGAAGAAGCUGGGAACGUGAAAGUUGGAAGAGCUUUUCAUGAUGUUUUUAGGCCUUCGAAGAUUCAUGAAUGGAAGGAAAAACUUCCGGAGGAGAAGUUCUUUUUAAGUCGUGGCAGCAAAUGGAUCGACAUGGUCCUCGAGCACAAUGCAACAGGUGAAGAUGCAUUGAGGGGUUGGUUGGUUGCCGCGUAUGUUGGAUGCAUGGAGAAGUCUUCUCAUGAGAUGAGCACGCAAGUCUUGCAAGACGCUUACCUAAAGAUGAGUAAUACCUUUUCCCCGUUUUUAGCUGAGGUACAAGCCAAAGGAUGGCAUACAGAUCAGUUUCUUGACGGAACGGGAAGUCGAUUUGCAUGGUAGCGCUAUUGUUGUUUAGAUGAUAAAGAAGACCGACAAACAGGGAAAAUCUGUCUUGAAUGAUAUCAAGGAGAGAGAAACAUGUGAAGACAAAGAGCCCUAUUCCAAAUUAUGUAGCUCUCAUGGGCAUAGUUGAAGAAAUACGCCAGUGACAAGUUAGCCAAAGGAGAAAAGCAGAAAAAUAGAACCACACCAACAGUUGCAGGCUUCAAGCCGUCUCUUUUUUCUUAAAAUAGAAAGGAAUCAAGUUCAUUCCUGAAUGUAUCUACCGUCAUCAUCCCAAGGAUGCUAGUGAGCGUGCUUUUCAUUCAAGGAUGAAUGUUAGGCACCACCUUGUCAACCAAAGCUCAGCUCCAAGAAUUAACCUGUAACCCAAAAUCCGGGCUAAGGAGUCCGGGCUUAGGGCUCAAAUUGGCCCUCGGUAACAGAAAGAGAGGAAGAGCUAAAAAGAUUCAAGGUAGUUGUUGCUUUGAAGGGCAGUUGUUUCGAGUUAGUCGAUCAACUAACAAGCGAUCCCUAUGUUUUCUCAUGUCCCAACUUGGGACAUUCUCUCGACCAAAACAAAAGAAAAAAAAAAAGAAAAACUCCGGACAAUCCUUCCGGCAUCCCUAUGCGCAAACAUAAAGGAGCCGCGCUCGAUGUCAGCUUUAGGACUCGGUUGCAAAACACAUUUCUGGGUUUCGAGCAGCGGCGAGAAAUACACGUCCCUCGGUAAA